GUAUCUAUGAGCACAAACAUGAUAUACAAGCCUUGAUAACUAGUAAGGCAUUUAUGGACUCUAGAUACUCUAAGGAUCGAAAGGCUAAGGAUGUCACAAUGAUUGUGUUGGACAACAAAUUUUGGAAUGACUGUAAAAUUGUUGUUGAAAUUGUAAAACCACUCAUCCGAUUGUUGAGAAUUGUUGAUUCUGAUGAUAGGCCAUCACUUGGGUAUGUCUAUGAUGGUAUGUAUAGGGCAAGGAAAGCUAUAAAGAAUACUUUUUUAAAGAAAAAAUAUUUGUACAAGCCCUACACAAGGAUUAUUAAGAGAAGGUGGGAUUCUCAGCUCCGACAAAAUCUUCAUGUAGCUGCUUAUAUCUUUAAUCCUGCCUUUCUUUAUGAUAAAGAAAACUUUUCUCAAAAGCCAGAGGUUAUGCAAGGAUAUCUUACUGUUAUAGAUAAGAAAGUCUCUUCUAAUAAGACCAAGUUCUUGCAAGAAGGCACACAAUAUCAGGAAAAGAGUGGUAGCUUCAGUCAUCCAUUGGCUAUUGAAUCUGCAAAAUCAAUGCGACCUGAUGAAUGGUGGCGAUAUUUUGGAAGUAGUUGUCCAAAUAUUAAAAACUUAGCCAUUAAAUUGUUAAGUCAAAUUGCAUCUUCAUCAGGUUGUGAAAGGAAUUGGAGUGUCUUUGAAAGAAUACACUCCAAGAAAAGGAAUAGAUUAGAGCAUCAAAGGUUGAAUGAUCUUGUAUAUGUUCAUUACAAUUUUUGCUUAAAGAAUAGGUAUAUUAUUUAAAGCUUUGUGUUUAUUUGCAUUCAUAAAGAUUGGAUGAAUGAAUUCUUAUAAUUUGCUAUUGUCAUGUGUAUUUUAGAGUUGCUAACAAGAGAAAAGCAACUGAUCCUGUUGAUUUUGAAAGUAUUGAUAAAAUUGAGUAUUGGAUAAUGGAAGAAGAUGAUCCUUCUUUACUUCAUGCUGAUGAGAUAGAAGGAGAUCUCCUUUAUGAUGAGCAAACACUACCAAGAGCUAUUAUUUCG